AUGCGAAUAAUUCUCGCGCCCGUUCUUGCCUUUACGGCGGUUGCCCUCGCGCGCGCCGUCCCCGAGCACAUUGCCUCCGACCACAUCGUACUCGAGCAGACCCUCGCUGAGGUUCCUGCUCCCAUCGCGGAGUACAGCUCCAUUGCCUUCAAGGCUGCCAACGGUUCUAAUGUUGUGAUUCACGUUGCUCCUGGCGUGUUCAUGACUGACGAUGUCUCCAAGCUCCCCAACGACAUCGGCAAGCAAUUCAAGAUCAAGAAGGUGCCUAAGCUUAUGGAGCUUUGCACCGUCCGUGCCAGCCAAAAGGACAAUGGCGACAAGGGCACUCCUCGUCGCGAUGACUGCCAGGCCCUCUACGAUUACUGUCACAGCCACCCCGUCUACUUCUACUUCGACAACAAGAUCGACCUCAACCGCUGGGCCGAGGUCGCCUUUGUUGGUUCCUGCGCCUACCGCACUCGCACCGUCCACCACAAUGUCGUCUUCUCAACCGGCGAUAUGGCCAACUUCCUCGACAGAUCUCUGAGCCGUAAGGCUUGGACCGACAAGGGCCGCAUGUCUGCUUCCGGCGAGGCUGAUUGCACUGUCUAUGAAGGCGAUUCAGGCUUUGCCCCUGUCUUCUGGAGACUCCAACAGCGCGGUCCUCUUGAUGAACCCGCCUUCAACUUGGGCAACGACACCUUCAUCCCGAACAACACCACCAGCCUUGAGACUCGAGGCAGAAAGCGCGAGGCGCCGCUCAUUGUCCAUUCCCUCGACGAAAUCCCCAGACAUACCUCUGCCUUCAUUACCAAUGGGAAUGCCCACGCCAUCAAUACCACCAACAUUGGUCUCUCCUCCGACAUUCCGACCAAGGACAAGCGAUUCGACUUGACACUCGAUGGUCCCGCUGAAGGACCAUACUGCGAUGCCAAGUGGCUUUCCGCGGAUUGGAAAGAGCCUAACCGCCCCUUCCGCAAGGACUGUCAGAACCUUUUCGACUUCCUCAAGACCAACACAGCCAAAGUCGUAGUUUUCGACCGCGAAGCCAACAGAAUGGUCAAGUUCACCGCCCAUGAGACUUGUGCCGUCGGCUUCACUUCCCUCUCCAAAACCAACAUUACGUUCACCAACCUUGACACGGCCAACUUCGUCGAGCGCAUGCUUCUUUGGGACGGAGCUCAAUUUGAAUCCGACUACACAAUCGGUAAGAUGGGCGGGAUGUGUGGCUCCGAGAAAGAAACCCACGUGAAGUACGAGAGCGAGUUUGCACUCGUCUACAGAGAUCCUGAACUCGCCGGCAAAGGCCACGUCGACCCUCCUGAGGACAGCAAGCGAGACGUCAUCUCUGCCAUUCCCGCUCCAGAGAUCAUGGAGAAAGGUGCGAUGAUGGUCAAGUCUGGCUCCCCAGAGGACUUGGCUGCCACGGCAGAAAUAGCCAGCAUCCCCAGUGACACGGACCCCUCGCUGAACUGGGUCGAUUACACCGUCAUCGACAGCAACGGCGUUAACAUCACGGCCCAGCUCAACGCCAAUCUCCUUCAUGGCCCCCUCGCUCACAGCAAGGCACUUGGCACCAGAUUGGAGAGAGUCGAUACGCCCCUCGGCCCUUCCAAGCGAUGCACUGGCAAGAUCCAGUUCUGGGGCGGCGCCAAGCCCGACUCGCCUCUCAUCGCCGACUGCGAGAAGCUCCGCAACUUCAUGUCUGUCCGCCGCUUCCGCUUCCGAUUCAACAAGGACGAGAUCAAUAGCGGUAAUGCCACCCCUCUUGCCAAGGUUGGCUCCUGUCGCAUCGCCUGGUUGCCCUGGGGCUCAGAUAUCACCGUCGGCAACAUGGACCUCGACAUUCUUCUCACUAAAGCCCUCAAGCUGUACGACCCUAGCCAGACCCAGAUGCGUCUUUGGGGCUGGGAGUACUGCGAUAAUGAUGGGCAGUUUGGUGUGAAGAAUCGCAUCAAGUUCUACAUCUUUUAG